AUGACGCGCAACAGGAGGCAUUACGAAACGAUCCUGCACUCGCGGUUCUUCAUAAAGAGCGAGAAACGUACAAAAGACAGCUUUAUAACUAAGGCUUCUAUCCACUCUCGAAGGGUCACGGGACGGAUCUCUACGAGAAAUACGAGAACACAAAGCGAAAAAUUGGUAGCACGUAUUAGAUGCUGUAUAGAGGACGAUUAG